UCUCAUCCCAACCGAUAACUCGAAAUCUCCUCCGACAAAAAUGGCCGCAAUCAGUUUCUCCUCCGUGCACGCCUCACCCUCUCCCCGUGUGUUUCGUCCACAAACUUCCCGAAAUACCCCUGGCCUUACUCUCUAUUCACGCUUCACCCCAUCCUUCUCAAUCUCAUUCCCCUCUCUCUCCUCCACGCUCCGCGUCGACACAGUCCGCUCCCGCCGUCCCUUCCUAAUCGCCUCCGCCGUCAAGUCGCUGGGGGAGACGGAGCAGCUUCCCAUAGCGGAGGCUGAGUCGAUUCCGGCGGAGUCCGGCGUCUACGCCGUCUACGAUAAGAGCGACGAGCUUCAGUUCGUCGGAAUAUCUCGGAACAUCGGGGCGAGCGUAUCUACGCACGUGAAAUCGGUUCCGGAGCUUUGCGGCUCCGUCAAGGUUGGUAUAGUAGAGGAACCAGACAAAGCGGUUCUAACUCAAGCAUGGAAAUCAUGGAUAGAAGAACACAUAAAAGUAACCGGAAAGGUCCCUCCAGGGAACAAGUCAGGGAACAACACAUGGGUCAAACAGACUCCGAGAAAGAAAUCAGACAUCCGUCUCACUCCAGGUCGCCAUGUCGAGCUCACUGUCCCCUUAGAGGAACUCAUUGACCGGUUAGUGAAAGAGAACAAGGUGGUAGCUUUCAUAAAAGGGUCGAGAAGCGCUCCUCAAUGUGGAUUCUCACAAAGAGUUGUUGGGAUUCUUGAGAGCCAAGGAGUGGACUAUGAAACGGUUGAUGUUCUUGACGAUGACUAUAACCAUGGGCUAAGAGAGAAGCUGAAGAGUUAUAGUAAUUGGCCUACGUUUCCGCAAGUGUUUGUGAAAGGAGAACUGUUAGGAGGUUGUGAUAUAUUGACCUCAAUGUAUGAGAAUGGCGAACUUGCCGAUAUGUUUAAGUAGUUCCAUCCCGUUUUAUCCAUCUGUUUCUACUGUGUAACUCAAUACAUUUAUAAUAAACUUUUGGGAUCCCUUCUAUAUUUUCAAACUUGUUUUUUUUUUUUACAUA